AUGAUGAUAUAUUAUGUUGUAAAGCCAGGUAUAAGAGGAACUGUAGAUUAUCUUAUUGAUUUACUACGACGUAAAUGUGUUGAAGAUAUAAAACUUGCGAAAUCUUUGAAACACAUUCAAUCAUCAUCGUCAUCAUCAUUGAUUGGAACAACAGUAGCAUCAUCAACGACAGUUAAAUCAAUAUCUAAUGUUUCAUCGAAUAAUCCAUCAGAAACUUCAACAAUUAAAAAUUCAUAUUUAUCUAAUGAUGAACAUAAAAAAAAACAUAAUUAA